GCGAGAGAUUCGCUAUCCCAUAAAAUGCGCCGAAUGCGCGACGAUUCCAGCAGUUCAUCAUCAAUAUCUAGACCGUUCAGUUCGAGAUACUUUUUGCCAGCGAAAUGAGAAAAUUCCUGAUCUUUGUGGCCUUGUGCGUCAUUUGCCAAGCCGCUCCCUCAAACAUCAAAGGAGAAACUUUGAAAUUGCACUUGUCUCGCGAGAAACGCAAUGAGGAGCAUGGUCAUGGUGGUCCCCCUGCCAUUAAACCCGAUUCAGUGAAGGCUCGCGAGUCACUCCAACAUCAUGCUGGCCUACCCAUUGCAGAGGAACAUGGUCACGGUGGUCCGGCUCCAAUUAAACCCCAUUCAGUGCUGGCUCGCGAGGGAUUGCAGCACAAUUCGGAGCAUGGCAAGCAAAUUGCCGGUGCUCUGAUCGCCCACGAAGCUUUAUCUAACCACAAGAAAUCCAAACGUGACAUUCCCGUGCCGACUGAAAUCAAGACCACUGCUGCUCCCAAGGAGGAUGCGCCCAAAGAGCCCGUGGCACCCAUCGAGGCUGUGGCACUUCCCGAGAAGGUUCCCUCAGCCAGUCCGGCUUCAGAUGUGGGCAGCACAACCCCUCACGGUCCAUUGCGUCAUCGUCCAGUGCCAGUUGCUGAGCUGUUCAACAAGGCCAAGCCUGGCAGCUCCGAGGAGGAGAGCAAGGAGAGCAAAGAGAGCAAGGAGACCAAGGCAUAAAUUGAAUCUUGUAUUAUGUAAUCUACGCUUUUUCCCUUCAUAAAUUUUGAAGUCACGUGAUGCGAACGCGAACAAAUGGCAAAUAAAUAACAACAAAAUAUUCACAAAUCACGAAAGCUUGCUUCUUACAAAAUAGUAUCGCAACCAGAUGAAACUGGAUGAUUGAUUAUAUUUCUGAUAUCAACUCAUUAAUACCUCAUAAAUAAUUGCGGUCUCUGACAAUUCAAUUUGAUUUGCGGAUACAAAAAACCAUCAAUUUUUAUGAAAUAGUUUCUUAAAUAAUAAGAGAGUUCUUUCAGACUCAAUUUGUAGAAUAUAUAUUUAUAAUAAUGUUAGUUUAUUGCCUUAUUAAACUAAUGAAUUUUAUAAUUCAUAUAAUUCGAUUAACUACAGAAAAUACGGAAUGUGUUAAAUUUAAAUUAAAUGCUAAUUUUCCGCAUUUCUACAAAAGUCCUAUAAAAGGCGACACACCAAAAGCUUCUCAAUCAAUUCUAAAAUAAUCUGCAAAAAUGAAACUUUUGGCGUUAGUAUUGGGUCUGUGCCUCAUUUGUAGAGUUUAUUCCGCACCGACGUUCUUUCCCACUACACCCAGAUGGUUUGACCUUCCAUAUAUAUAAAUAUAUAUAUAUACAUAAAUGAUCGGUUGCAAUCAAAUAUAAUAUAUUUGAACAUGAAUGAGCCCAACCGUGGAAAAGUGGAUAUUUGGCCUUCUUCUAAAUUAAAUAUUAUUUAAAAUAUAAACAACUUGUUUUUUGAAUAUUUUUUCCUUUUAUAUAUAGUAGAAAUAAUUGAUUAUCAUAUUUUUACGAAUUUUACAAUACCUUACAGUCAGAAGUGUCAUGUAUCCACUUUUGCUCGACAAUAUAUAUUAUAAUAAUGUUUAAAUUUGGUAUAUUCUGCUUUUAUUAAGAAUGGAUAGCGAGUAUCGUAAAGUCGAGCACACGCGAAUGGAGCUUUCUUACUUGUUUUUAUUAUAUUAAUAAAACCCGUUGGAAUAAUAAAAGCUUAAAAUUCAAAAUUCCAAAUUGAAUAGUGUGAUUAAUAAAUUUAUUUAAGAAAAUCUUCUUAAAUAAAGACUACAAAUUCGAAAUGUAAUAGGGCAAUCUUGUUAUUCAAUAUAUGUGACGAAGUAAAUGUUAACCAAUUAUAUAAAAAUAUAUAUUCGUUAAUGAUGUGGUAAAUUUAAAUUUAAUGCUAAUUACUAAAUUAUUGCACAAGUCCUAUAAAAGGCAACACACCAAAAGCUUCUCAGUCAAUUCUAAAAUAAUCAGCAGAAAUGAAACUCUUGGCGUUAGUAUUGGGUCUGUGCCUCAUUUGCAGCGUUUAUUCCGCACCGCAGUUUUGGGAGGUGUUUCCCAAUACACUCGGACGCUAAGUUUUUUCCGACUCCAUAUAGUAUACAUGUUACUAUGCAUAAAUGAUCGGUUGCAAUCAAAUAUAAUAUAUUUGAACAUGAAUGAGCCCAACCGUGGAAAAGUGGAUAUUUGGCCUUCUUCUAAAUUAAAUAUUAUUUAAAAUAUAAACAACUUGUUUUUUGAAUAUUUUUUCCUUUUAUAUAUAGUAGAAAUAAUUGAUUAUCAUAUUUUUACGAAUUUUACAAUACCUUAGAUUCAGAAGUGUCAAACAUGUAUCCACUUUUGCUCGCCAAUAUAUGUGUAUUAUUAUAAUGUUAGUUUAUUUCCUUAUUUGCCUAACGAACAUUAUAAUUCCUAUAAUUUGAUUGGUUACAGGAAAUUAGUAAUGUGUUAAAUUUAAAUUAAAUGCUAAUUUCCAGCACUAAUACACAAGUUUUAUAAAAGGCAACACACUAAAAGUUUCCAUCAAUUCUAAAAUAAUUUGCAUAAAUGAAUAUAGUUAAUAAUGAAGACUUUAUUUCGUUACUAGCGAUAUUUAUGGGACUGUGCCUCAUUUGUAGCGUUUAUUCCAUAAGGACACGCAGUAAAUUUAAAUUUGGUAUAUUCUGCUUUUAUUAAGAAUGGGUAGCGAGUAUCGUAAAGUCGAGCACACUCGAAUGGAGCUUUCUUACUUGUUUUUAUUAUGUUAUAUUAACAAAACCCGUUGGAAUAAUAAAAGUUUCAAAUUCCAAAUGUAAUAGUGUGAUUAAUAAAUUUAUUUAAGAAAAACUUCAUAAAUAAAGUCUACAAAUUAGAAAUGUAAUAGGGCUAUCUUGUUAUGCAAUAUAUGUGACGAAGUAAAUGUUAACCAAUUAUAUAAAAAUAUAUAUUCGUUAAUGAUGUGGUAAAUUUAAAUUUAAUGCUAAUUACUACAUUAUUACACAAGUCCUAUAAAAGGCGACACACCAAAAGCUUCUCAGUCAAUUCUAAAAUAAUCUGCAGAAAUGAAACUCUUGGCGUUAGUAUUGGGUCUGUGCCUCAUUUGCAGCGUUUAUUCCGCACCGCAGUUUUGGGAGGUGUUUCCCAAUACACUCGGACGCUAAGUUUUUUCCGACUCCAUAUAGUAUACAUGUUACUAUGCAUAAAUGAUCGGUUGCAAUCAAAUAUAAUAUAUUUGAACAUGAAUGAGCCCAACCGUGGAAAAGUGGAUAUUUGGCCUUCUUCUAAAUUAAAUAUUAUUUAAAAUAUAAACAACUUGUUUUUUGAA